AUGGCCUGGAAAAAGGAGUGGGGACAGAGGAUUUUGGAGAAAGAAGAGAAUUUCAUAAAGGGGACAGGCUUAUGCUCGAGAGCUCAUGGGCAACUGGUGACUGUGAGCCAGCCUGGGGUCUGUCGCUAUGGUUCUAAACUGGAUUGCUGUUAUGGCUGGAAAAAGAACAACAAGGGCCACUGUGAAGCUAUCUGUGGACAUGGCUGCAAGUAUGGCGAGUGCACGGGACCAAACAAAUGCAAAUGUUUCCCUGGAUUUACAGGGAAAACCUGUAAUCAAGAUCUGAACGAAUGUGGACUGAAACCACGUCCCUGUGAACACAGAUGUAUGAAUACACAUGGCAGCUACAAGUGCUAUUGUCUCAACGGGUACAUGCUUAUGCCAGAUGGCACGUGUGCAAGUUCUAGGACAUGUGCCAUGGUGAAUUGCCAAUAUGGAUGUGAAGAAGUCAAAGGGGAGAUACAUUGUCUUUGUCCGUCAGGUGGCCUUCAGCUGGGACCAAACGGAAGGACGUGCAUUGACGUUGAUGAGUGCUCCACUGGCAAAGCUGUCUGCUCUUACAACCGCAGAUGCGUCAACACGUUUGGAAGCUACUACUGCAAGUGCCAGCUUGGUUAUGAACUGAAAUACGUCAGCGGCCGUUAUGACUGUGUAGAUGUAAAUGAAUGUGUGACAAAUACACACAGGUGUAACCUCCACGCAGAGUGCCUCAACACCGAAGGAUCCUUCAAAUGCAAAUGUAAACAGGGCUACCGAGGAAGUGGAUUCGAUUGUGCUGUUAUCCCUGAAAAGUCAGUGAAGGAAAUUGCAAGAAUCCCUGGAACAGCUAAGGACACAAUUAAGAAACUUCUUGCACAUAAAAACAGUAUGAAAAAGCAUGAAACAAUCAAGAAUGUGAUCCCAGAAGCAGCCGUGACACCGGCUUCUAAGACCCACUUGCAGUUAUUGGACUAUGAAGGUGGUAUUGAUCUUGGUGGGAGCUACACUGAGGAAGAGAAAGAAACUGAAGCUACUGCAGAAGAGGAGGCAGAAGAGUCAGACGAAAUCGAGAAGGAAGAUUUUGAGAAUCAAAUUGAGCAUGAGCGAAGCCUUAGAGGAGAUGUCUUCUUUCCCAAGGUGAAAGAAGCAGCUGCCUUCGGCCCUCUCCUGGCACAGAGGAAAGUUCCAGUGUCGAGACCAGAGCAAGAAGUUGAUUGCAGCUUCAGUCGAGGGGUCUGCGACUGGAAACAAGAUGCUGAUGAUGACUUUGACUGGAAUCCUGCUGAUCGAGAUAGAGGCGAUGGGUACUACAUGGCUGUUCCAGCCUUUGUGGGGCACAAGAAGGAUAUGGGGCGUCUAAAACUUCUCCUCACCGACCUCAAACCAAAGAGCAGCUACUGCUUGAUUUUCAGUUAUCGGCUUGCUGGCGAGAGAGUGGGGAAACUUCGAGUGUUCCUGGCAAACAAAAAAACCACUCCUGUCUGGGAGCAGAACAAAGGGAAAGAUGAAAGGUGGAGAACUGGAAAAAUAGAUAUAUUUCAGGGGACUGAAACAACCAACAGUGUCACUUUUGAAUCAGAACGUGGGAAGGGCAAAACUGGAGAAAUUGGAGUGGACAAUGUUAUACUAAUUUCUGGUCUAUGCCCAGAAGAUACCUGACAAUGAAUAUUUGAGUAUACUGGAUUUGAUCUUGUUUUUAAUAUUUGCCUUACUAGUAGUGUAUUUUU